UCAGCAAAACAGUCGCACCUAAACGCUAAAGUCGUCAACAUGAGGUCUCUGCUGAUUGUUUCGCUGCUGGUCUUUGCCCUGGCCAAGGAUAUCUCAGCUGCCCCAGCUCGCGUGGAAACCGAUCCUGAGCUGACGGCGGGAUAUUUCGAGGGAGACAUGGUGCUGGAGCAGCAGGGAAGGAAUGGAUUGGUCAAUGAGAACUAUCGCUGGCCGAAUCGCAUUAUCUACUACUUCAUCAACAGAAACAUAGAUCAGGAACAUCGUGAUCACAUUCUUCGCGGCAUUCGGGUUCUCGAGGCCAACUCGUGUCUGGUCUUCAAGGAGGCCACCAGCGAUCAGUCGUACUAUAUAAAUGUCACCUCAGAGGCAGGUGGCUGCUACUCAUAUGUGGGCUAUCUGAAUCGUGUGCAGCAGCUGAAUCUGCAGAACUAUGACAUCGACACCGGCUGCUUUAGAAUCGGCACAAUUGUGCACGAAUUCCUGCACUCUUUGGGCUUCUAUCAUCAGCACAGCACCUGGAAUCGGGAUGAUUAUGUUCGCAUUGCCGAGGAGAACAUUACCGAGGGCACUCAGAGUAACUUCAACAAGUAUACGAAUGCCACAGUGGACAACUUUGGCGAGGACUACGAUUACAGCAGUGUCAUGCACUACACUGCGUAUGCGUUCUCCAAGAACGGUGAAAUGACGAUUGUGCCACUUCAGGAGGGAGCUGAGGAGCUCAUGGGACAGCGAUUGCAAAUGAGUGAUGCGGAUAUCAACAAAUUGAAUACCAUGUACAGGUGUCCGCGCAAAGUCUAAAGCGCAUUGAUUGUCUGACGAUUGUGCACAGAGAGAAAAAGCGUUGGAAAAUCAAGAAUAAAACCUUGAAUCAAUACCUAGA